AUGAGUUCUAUGGCCGACUACUUGAAGCGAUACACGAGUGGAUCAGAUGGGCCGAAGAAAGCAAAGAAAAAGAAGCAACAAGAUGUGAAGCCACCAAAAAGCACAAGAAUGAAGAUUAUGGAUGAUGACACUUUCGUCACAGUUGGGACAGCGGCCAGAGAGGAAGAAUCCGAGGACGAAGAUGAAGUUCGAAUACAGGAACAAAUCGAGAGCACAACAAAGAAGGUUAUGAAAUUUCAACGAUCAUUUGUCCCUCUCGAUAACGAUGCAUCUACUUCGGAUUUGGGAAAAACAGCAAAUGGGAAGACGAUCAAAAUUGAGCCAACAUCUCCAACAGGAUCACCAAUCAGGGAACAAGAUCGUGAUGCUUCGCCUCCUCGACGACGACGACAUGACUCUGAUGCAGAUGAUUCGCCUCCACGUCGUCGCAGACGGCAUGACUCUGAUGAAUCUCCAGUACGCAAAUCGGCUCGAGGUAGUUCUUCACCACCAAGGAGGCGUCAACGUCACGAUUCAGAUGAAUCACCAAAGAGGGUAACAAAUCGUGAUCGAGAUUCUUCACCGCCCACAAGGCGCCAAAGACAUGAUUCAGAUGGAUCUCCAAAAAGAGCCCCAACUCGUGGCAAAGAUUCUUCACCACCAAGGAGGCGUCAACGUCAUGAUUCAGAUACUUCACGAGAAAGGGCUCCACGACGCGAACUAGAUGCUUCUCCACCAAGACGUCAAAAGCAGAAAGACGUGGAUUCUUCACCACCCCGUCGACCGAGAGCGCGUCAUGAUUCUGAUGCUUCACCUCCAAGGCGCCAAAAUAAAGAUGAAGAACGAAGUGUUGUUUCUAAAGACCGAAAACGGCGCGAUUCUGAUGAUUUAUCACCACCAAGAAGAACUCGCCAUGAUGAUAAGAAGUCGCGGCGUGAUGAUAAAGAGAGCCACCAAGAUCGAUCGUCUAAACGAAAAAGCAAUAAAGAUGAUGAUCGUUCACCUAAACGGAAACGAGUCAAAGACGAGCCGCUAUCUGAUGAAGAGACUGAUCGAAAGCCUACAAAGAUGCUUGAUGGCAAAAAGGCCGGUCUGGUCAGUGCAAAGGAGUUAAGAGAAGAAGCUGAAGAGAUUAAGCAACGGGAGAAAGCGAUGUAUGAUGACAUGGACAUGGAGAGAAGUGGAAGAGAUGCUGAGGCUAUCAAACGCACAAAACAAUAUGGAAAACGGCAAAAACCUGAAGAUCAAGAGAAGAAAGCUCGAGAAGCAGCGAAGCAAGCUGAAUUGCAAGAGAAAUAUGAUAAGUGGAAUAAAGGAGUGCAUCAAUUGGCUGAGCGUGAGUCGAAGCUACAAGAAGCCGCCCGUGUUGCCGCCGAGCCAUUGACAAGAACAAAGGAUGAUGAAGCAAUGAAUGCACACUUGAAAGAGGUUCUUUACGAAGAUGAUCCAAUGGCAGAAUUUAUGUCCAAGAAACGAGUGAAGGAGGACAUUGUUGCGGGCAAAAAUGUUUAUCCAACCUACAAGGGAGCGUGCCCACCGAAUCGUUAUGGAAUUCGCCCCGGCUAUCGUUGGGACGGAGUUGAUAGAAGCAACGGUUUCGAAUCGAAGCUGGCCAUCUCCAGUAACAAACGAGCCGCCGAGGAGAGCGAAUAUUAUAGAAAUGUCCAAGUCUACGAA